AUGUCGUCCACCAUUCCCCGCUUCUACGCCGGCCCCAUCCGCUACUGCCGCUGGGCCGCCCGCGAGCGUCCGGCCUACUUCUGGUCGUGCGUGAUCGCGGCCGGCGCGCCGUUGUCGUUUGUCAUUGCACCGCCGAUCCGCCGCCUGAUUGGCGACGAGAACCCGCCGGCCAUCCCCAUGACAUAUCCGAUCCCCUCGGGUCCUCGGAAACAGCUCUCUGGCUUCGACGACGAUGCCAACGACAAGUGA